GACAGCGCAGAUUCUCAUCGGGACUGAGCUGAAUGUGCAGUUUGGUCAUCGCUGUUAUUGAGCUGUAACGCAUCUGAGGAAUCCGGUCAUUAUGGUGAUUAAAGUUUACAUCGCUUCAUCCUCCGGAUCAACAUCGAUCAAGAAACAGCAGCAGGAUGUCAAGGGCUUCUUGGCAGCCAAUAAGAUUGAGUUUGAGGAAUGUGACAUCGCGGCUGAUGAAGACAACAGGAAGUGGAUGCGAGAACACGUCCCCGAGGAUUUCCGGCCGGCGACAGGGAACCCUUUACCUCCUCAGAUCUUCAACGAGGACAGAUACUGUGGGAAUUACGAGGCCUUCUUCUGUGCCCGUGAGGACCAUGCUGUGUAUGCGUUUCUGGGCUUGACAGCGCCUCCAGGCUCAAAGGAAGCAGAAGCGCUGUCUAAGAAAACGCAGAUGUAAUCUAGAGAAACGGCUCUAGCAGAGCUGAAGAACGCCUGCACUUUCUGAUGAUUGAGUUCCUUUUUCUGUUAUUUCUUUGCAUCCAUGAAAUUAUGUGAUGUGAUGAAUGCUAUGAGUUAUUUGUCCACUCAAAAGUCCAUCUUAUUGAUUGAACUGUUCAAAGUGAAUAGAAAGCAUUUCUCCAGUCGUCCAAAUAGACAUGAGCAAAGUAGAUUUUAAUUGUUGUCAAGAUUUGACAGUUAAUCAUUAACCAUGCAGUUUUUAUUAGGUUCAUGCUUGAAUGUUCUUGAUUAUGUAUGCGGUUCAAAUUACAUUUAAUCUGUGCAUAUAUAUAUUCAGGGUUUCUGUUGGUCUUAAAAAGCUUUGAUUCGGCCUUACACAAAUUAAAGCCUUAAAAGGUCUUAAAUUGGAGCAGAAAGUCUUAAAUUCAUAAAGUCGGGGUUUUAAAUGUCACAU